CUAGGUACUACUUCCGGUUGUCAUCCUGUCAAUUCAAGUUUCUAGUUGUUCUGAAGUUGUAUUCAUUUCAGUAACCGAGUGGCUGCUUCCAUGCUUUUGGUUUUCAUUUUGUGUGUCCAACUGAUCAGAUACCGUCGCGCCUGCGCAUGAGAACGACUUAUAUUUCUAACCCUAACCCGUGUCGGAUUAAUAUCCAUCCACCGACAAGUGAAACCAAGGCGUGGAGUCUCUACCACGGUGUUGUAGCGGCUCUCCAUGGCUCCUCUCCGGGUCCUGUGCAUUCACGGUUACCGUCAGAACGGGAGCUCGUUCCGGGAGAAGACCGGAGCUCUGAGGAAGCUGCUGAAGAAGCAGCUGGAGCUGGUUUACGUCACUGCUCCGCUCACCGUGCAAACAGCUGCCACAGAAGAGGUUCCUAACGAGGAAAAUAAUUCAGUUCCUGCACCAGGGGGCAACGAAGAGCCCAGAGGCUGGUGGUUUUCUGACAUUCAGGCUCGGAGCUUCAAUGCUCAGCAGCGGUGCGAGGCGAGCCUUGGCCUCGACGAGAGCAUAUCUGCUGUGAGAGAAGCUGUGAAGGCCCAGGGCCCGUUUGACGGCGUCCUGGGAUUCAGUCAGGGAGCAGCUUUUGUUGCAAUGCUGUGCUCACUCCAGGAGCAAAAACUGGAGCUGGAAUUGGACUUCCGCUUUUCCAUCCUCGUUGCCGGUUUCCGCAGCGCUUGUGAGGAGCACCAAAAGUUCUACGACGCUCCACUCCAAAUCCCAUCUCUGCACGUGUUCGGACUGGAGGACCGAGUCAUCCCUGACAGCAUGAGUAGGGAUCUUCUCCCUUCCUUCCAGGACCCUCAGGUCCUCAUACAUCCUGGGGGUCACUUUGUUCCCGCUGCAGCUGCUCACAGGCAAACGUAUCAAGACUUUCUGAAGCAGUUCCAGUAAGACACCAAAAUCACUGUUAUUCUGCUGUCAGGAGCUGCAACAGAGCAAAAACUGAAGCACUGGUGUUAAAAUUUAGAACUCGGUCCAGAUACACAUGGGGUUUAAGCUCUUUGACCUCUGGAUCUAGAUCUAGUUUUUUUAAAUGCUUUCAUCUCAUACAUCCAAAAUGAUCAAUGUAAUUUUUCUCAUGGAAAAUCUCUUGUAAAGAACAAUAAUAAAAAAAAAAGAAUUUAAAAUGA